AUGGCUUCUUCUUCGAAGCCCCCAAGUUUCUUGCUCUACUCUUGUAUUGCCUAUCGUACGACUAUCCUCGCCGACCAGACCUCUCCAGGCGCCUCUUCAACCGCGGCCUCCUCCCUGGCAUCCAUCAUUCUCCCCAAGAUCAGCCAUGACAAGCCGCAGAAGCUCACAUAUACCCAUGAGCGCCUUUUCGUGCACUACAUCGCCGACUCACCCACCGGCGGCUCGACCGGUGAUCAAACCGGACGAAGCGAGCCAAACUCGUAUGCGCCACUAAGCUUCAUCGUGGUCGCAUCGGCCGAGCAAGGCCGACGCAUUCCGUUCGCGUAUCUGCUGAGAGAUGAAGCGGAAGUUCCUGUCAACGUUCGAUCCGUCGAGCACCGACUAUUCCACUCUUCCUGCCUACGGACGUACAACACAUCCCCACCCGCAGACUCGCUCGCCUCUGCGCGGCGCGAGAUCGAUAGUGUUCGCGAUAUCAUGACAGAGAAUAUUGAGCGGGUGCUUGAGCGCGGGGAACGGAUUGACCUGCUGGUUGAUAAGACAGAUCGGCUUGGCGGUAGUGCGCACGAUUUCCGUAUCCGAAGCCGGGGGCUACGGCGGCGCAUGUGGUGGAAGAACAUCAAGUUGAUGGUUCUGCUGGUACUUGUGGUAGUGUUUCUGGUCUACUUGUUUGUUGGCUUUGGCUGUGGUCUUCCUGCGUGGUCAAAGUGUGUAGGGCACAGCAAGAAGUCGGGGUAA